ACGAUCCAUAGUACAAAGUCACUUGCAGCGCCAACACAACGAACACAUCCAGUCCAGUGAAGAGUAGUAGUUCAUCAACCCAAUCGAAAUGUUCAAAUUCGUGUUGAUCGCCAGCCUGCUGGCCACCGUUGCUCUAUCCGCACCCAUUGAUCAGGAUGAGGAGGACAGACUUGCUCUUGAGCGCGAGCAGAACGAAAAUGCACAGUACUCCUUCAAUUCCAACAUCGACGAUCAAAUCAACGAUAACCAGAAUACCCGGACAGAGGAGCGCGAUGGAUCCACGGUCCGUGGCUCGUACAGCUAUCAGGAUGGAUUCGUGAAGCGCACAGUUCACUAUAUCGCCGACCAGAAUGGCUACAGGGUGCUCAAGGACGAGAUGGAGGAUAUUGGCGAUGGACCCCGUUUCAAUCCCGACGGUCAGGCCAACGUUCAGGGCUCCCUCAUCGGCCAGUACUCAAUCAAGCUGGACAAGAGCGAUGCGGAUAAGCACUACAAGGAUAUCAGGGCUUAGUCCUACUUCCCUUUUGCUUAGUUAGAGAAUUUCUAACAUUUAGAAAUGGACUGAAUACGAGUACUUCGUAAAGUAAAGUUACAACCAUCCGAACAAAACAAAGUUGUAUUUUUUUCUCCUUAAUAAAACAACAAAAAGAAUUCUAUAAAAUUAUAAAAACCAAAA